CUUCCACAUUCUCAAGGUACAGUUGAAAUGGGAAUGUAUGGACAUGGAAUUGUCUUCAAUGAAAAUUACGAAAGUUGGAAAUACAAUAGUAAAUUCUUUACGGAUGCCUUUGUGGCACAGAAAUUUAUAGAUAAUGCCGUGAAGCCUACAUGUAAAUUGUAUGAAGAAUUGAGCAGCUAUUGGCAGUCACUUAGAAAUCAAAAUAAUUCAAAUAGAAAUAAUGAUAAUUGGACACUAGAAACAGAUUUUUCUGCCUGGCUUCACGGAUUUGCAAAUGAUAUUGCUUCAAUAAUAAUCACUGGAGAACGUACAUACUCAAUUACAUCUUGUUACAACAAACAAAGUCUUAUCAAAUCUGAAUGUCCUAACGCGUUAGUCGAGGAUGGAGACAAAUUUAUUAAAUCAAUCAUGAAAUUUGUUGAAAGUAUCAUGUUCUUCGCACUUCUCAGCCCAUUCUUAAGGCAUUACAUUCCAAUAAUCAAAAAUAAAUCAAAUGAUCUUUUGAAAAAUCGUGAUUACUUAUUUGAAAAAUUUGAUAACAUGAUUAAGAAGAGAAGAAGAGAGGUCAAAGAAAUGUUAGUAGAUAUAGAAAUGAGAACCGUUAUGCUUACUUCUUUAAUUAUGGCAAACACGAAUAUGAGAGCAUCAAAUGACGAAGCGAGUGAAGAUAUUAGAGGUAAUUUAUUAGAUGUUUCUUGGGAGGAACAGAUACUGUGA